CUUUAUAAAUGCAACAAUGGAAAAACCACCCAAACAGCCUCGAAACACAACCAGAAAAGAAUCCCAGAACGUAAAUUAACCUCCUCCAGAAUCUCAAGCCAUGGCUUUGUUUGUGAAGACCGUGGCUUUGCUGGUCCUGAUGGCCAAGUUUCAGGUUUCACUUGGAGUGAUGUAUAAGGUUGGGGACUCUGCUGGAUGGACCACCAUUGGCAACGUUAAUUACAAACAGUGGGCUGCUACUAAGACCUUCCAAGUUGGUGACAUUAUUCAAUUCGAGUACAAUUCUCAAUUUCACAAUGUGAUGCGAGUUACACAUGCAAUGUACAGAUCAUGCAAUGCGUCAGUGCCAUUGGAAACAUUUAACACUGGAAACGAUUCCUACACCGUCAAAACUAAAGGCCACCACUUCUUUCUCUGUGGUGUCCCUGGGCAUUGCCAAGCUGGGCAGAAGGUUGAUAUCAAUGUGCCUCGGAAUUUGUCUUCGACAGCUCCAACUCCUUCUGCGUUGGCCUCUCCCACAGUUCCUGCUGCCACAACACCUGCACCAACUACCAGUACGGCUGCUGCUCCAUUAGAAGCUUUCAAAAGUGGUUUUGUUAUGUUUGGGGUUCUUAUUGCAGUUUUUGUAGUCUCUGUUUCUGGUGUUGCUUAGGAAAAACAGUUCGAGGAAGUAAUUCUUUUUUUAGUUUGUGGGCAUAUUUGGGCAGUCAUUUUUUUUUUUUUUUUUUUCUUGGGGGAAUUUUUGGAAGUGGGGUAAUUAGUUUUUGAGUUACAUAAUGUGACAUAAUAUGUAUGAUUUUAAAUAAAAUCUUUUUCCAUUGUAGUAGAAUAUUUGAAACUUCA